AUGCCGAAUGUUCCUCGUCGUGUACUCAUUACUAACGACGACGGGCCUCCAGGCAAGGAAUCACCAUAUGUCUUUGGUCUCUACCACGCAUUGGUCAAGCUUGGAUGGAAUGUAUCUGUCGUUGUUCCAUCCUCUCAGAAGAGUUGGAUAGGCAAAGCAUUUCAGAUCAAGGACUUGAUCACAGGUCGCUAUUACUAUCCACAAGAACCUGAUGGUUUCGGAGAGACUUCAGAGACACGAAGACCACUAAAGGAAGGAGAAAUCGGUGAAUGGAUUCUAUUAGACGCGACACCUGCGACAUGUACGAACAUUGCACUUCAUAACCUUUAUCCUGGACAAAUAGACUUGGUAAUUUCAGGUCCCAACUAUGGCCGUAACACGUCUGCCGCGUUUGCGCUAUCUUCAGGCACUGUGGGUGCUGCCAUGUCUGGUUCGCUGUCCAAAGUUCGAUCUAUCGCCUUGUCGUAUGGUAAUUUUCAAUAUCCCCCACCCCCAGAGUUGCUCGAUCCUGCGCACGAGCUCUCGGUCAAGAUCAUCCAAGCACUGUGGGACGACUGGGGAAGAGACGAAGAUACAGAAGCAGUCUCAAACUUCGUCCUGGAGCACAUGGACCAGGAGAAGGACCGAGACCGGAUACUCACCCAAGCCCGCGGAUUACGCGACGGCAUGAGAGUCGUCUGGACACGGUUAUGGCGGAAUCAGUAUGAGAGGCUCUUUAAGCGAGGCGACAUGGAGCCCAAAGGUCGGGCAGCCAUCACGGAGACUCAAACCGAAACGGAGCCGACUAGGGAGGAUGAGCUCAAGUUCUCCUUUUCGCCUGAAUGGACGGGACUGUUGACGCCGGCAAAGGACAGUUUGCCCUAUGGAACGGACGCGUGGGGGAUCCACAACAAUAUGGCCACUGUUACACCACUCAAAGCAACAUUUGGAGAGCCUUCAGCGGGUGCGAUGGGCUUUGGAUCCGAGUAUGGCGAGUUGGUCAACUCGCGGUGGGCUCGAGGCGGUCGGUUCUGGGACAACAUAUGA